GCGUCUUACUUUACUCCUCAGCCUUUGAAACUCGGCUUGAGUUCAAUUAAGAGACCAUGUCCGCCAUCAGCCGUCUGUACAGCUCUGUCUUCACGUUUAGAGCGAAUUCUCCAUGAAAUAGUGUUUGCCGCGGGAGCCCCGCAGAAUGGCCGGCUUGGGAGCUGUCCAGGUGAGGCUGGAGCUCGGUCACCGUGCCCAGGUCCGGAAGAAACCCACCGCCGAGGGCUUCACGCACGACUGGAUGGUGUUUGUCCGCGGACCCGAGCACAGCAACAUUCAGCACUUUGUGGAGAAAGUAGUUUUUCACCUGCACGAGAGCUUUCCCAAACCAAAAAGAGUGUGCAAGGAUCCUCCCUACAAAGUGGAGGAGUCUGGAUACGCUGGUUUCAUCCUGCCAAUUGAAGUGUACUUCAGAAACAAGGAGGAGCCUAAGAAGGUGCGUUUUGACUACGACUUGUUCCUGCACCUGGAGGGCCACCCCCCUGUCAAUCACCUGCGCUGCGAGAAGUUGACCUUUAAUAACCCCACUGAGGAGUUCCGCAGGAAGCUGCUCAAGGCCGGAGGGCAACGGGAUCCUCACAAAAGAAGCUCGGAAGACUCAAAAGUGAUGGUAAUGCAGGAGGGCUCCACGUCUCUGUUUGGCCAGCACAUGAAGCUCCCCACUCUGCCCAGCAGCUCCCUCACCUUCUCAUUCCCAGACCUCAAGAGGACCAAACCCUUCCCCGGGCCCAAGGACGGCGCAAGGAGUACGCUCUCCCUCACCACCUCCUCCUCCUCCUCCUCGUCCACCUCCUCCUCUAAGCUGGCCAAGCCUGGUAAGGAGCAUCGCGAUAAGCCCCCCCGCGCCUCCAAGGACCCCCACAGUGCCUUCAGGGAGCCCGGCAGGGACGGGAGCAAACCCCCCAAGGACUCCUCCCUAUCCACCUCUUCCUCCAACACCUCCAGGAAACCCAAAGACCUCCACAGCCAGAACCAGAACUUGCCCUUACGUGAGGACCACCACGCCCACAACCCCCACCACCACCACCCUCAUCACCCCCACCACCCGCCCCCCAAGAUGGGCUUCAAGGAGCCCAAAGGUCUGGCUAAGGACCCCCGGGGACCAGACGGUGGGGUGGGGGUAACCAUGGUGACCACGGGGGCCGGGCUAGGCAAGCGAACGCCAGGGGACACCGGGAUCGGGGACGACCACGUAUCCAAAAAACGCAAGAAGUCGUCGGGUUUCCCCUCGUCGGGGGAGGGGGGUCACCCCAAGCUGACGUCGCUGGGGUCCCCCGCGGGCGUGGGACUCCACCACCCCCACCCCCUCGUGGAUAAGAAGGCGGCGAGCAGGGACAAAGCGGGAGCGCUGCGGCCGGGAAAGGUGUCUCGAGAGUCGGGGGAGGGCGACAGGAGGAAGCCCUUCACAGAGCUGGGGGAGCACAACAUGGACUCAGACAUGGAGGAUAACCUCUCCAACAAGUCAGAGUCGGAGCAGCCCAGUCCUGCGAGUUCCAGCUCUAGUUCCAGCUCCAGCUUUGGUCCCGCCCACAAACGCCAAGUUCUGGGUCUGCGUUCCAUCAUGCAGGACCUGCCAUCAGAUGAGAACGAUGACGACUCAGAGGAGGAGGACGAGAACGACAUGGACUCAGACAUGGAGAGACCCGUACACACACACCUCACACACAGACACCGCAGGGUGAGUUUGAGUGACGGGAGCGACAGUGAGAACAGCUCCGCCUCCUCGCCCCUCCCCCGCAACGAGGGACCGCCCCUUCUCAAGAGCAGUAACCAGAUUCUGGAGAUGAAGGGUCCCCUUAAGCAGAAGCAGGAGAAGAAUAAGACCAUGGAUUGUGAUAAGGCCUAUCUGGAUGAGCUGGUCGAGCUGCACAAAAGACUAAUGUCAUUACGAGAGAGGCACAUACUGCAGCAGAUCGUGAACCUGAUCGAGGAGACGGGCCACUUCCACAUCACCAACACCACCUUCGACUUCGACCUCUGCUCUCUCGACCGGCCCACCGUACGCAAGCUACAGAGCUACCUGGAGACGGAACAGGCGUCCUGAGAAGAGAGAAGGAGGAGGAGGAGAGAAGGAGGAGGAGAACUGUUUGGAAACUGGCAUUCAGAGAGACGAGAAGGAGGAGGAGGAGGUAGACGGGAGGAGGAAGAGGGGAGGGGAGAAGAGGGGAGAAGAGAAGAGGAGAGCUUUGCACAUCUGUUCCCAUCAUCCGCAAACUCUAGAGAUGUCCGGAGAACAGAGGAGGAGUCUGCCAGCCAGAUGGCCUGUUGGUAGAGUUCUCUUGCUCUCCUCCACUAGAAUCGGAACAGUGAGGAGGAGAUGGGUGAUCGUGUUCCCUUUCAUCAUGAGGUUCUGUUCCAAAAGGAUGGGGGAUUUGGGUUCUACCUGGGAUUGGGUGAUGGUGUUCCCAUUGGGUUCUACUUUGGGAACAUCAUGAGCGGUCCUUUCCAAAGGUGUUCUCCUGCUUCAUUUCCUUUGGAACCUUGAAAAGUGAGGAGGAGGAGGAGGAGGAGGUGGAGGAAAAGCUGGAGACAGAUGAGGAGCAUUAUGUAUGUUACGUGCCUUCUCCUCCUUCCUCCUCUCGAGAAACUGAGCGGGAGAAUAUGGAUUCCUUCAUCCUCUCCAGCUUCUCCUCCUCUGGAAUCAGAAGUGUCACUGGACUUGCUGACCAAAACACAACAAAAAAAGACAGGUGAUAAUCAAAUCCACGAUAUGUUCUUGCAAAGACAAAUACAAAAUAAACAAAUAAUAAAUAAAGAGACGAACAAGCGGACUUGGGGUGCUGGAUGCUCCUGCUGUGGAGCGGGAGGUCAUGUGGAAACCCUUGGGCAAGGGUCAAAGGUCAAAGGAGGGGAGGGGCCUAAUUGCGGCCAACAACAAUACGAAUGUGCAUACUGUUCUCUUCUGUGUUUGUGUGUGCGCGCGCGAGUGUGCAUAUGUUUUGGUUUGUGUGUGCCUGCUUCUAUACUUUAAUACGGAUGUGCGUGCU